AUGCUGAAUCAAACCUCAGUCUCUGAAUUUCUUCUCCUGGGAGUGACAGACAGCCAAGAAAUUCCGCCGCUUCUCUUUGUGGUUUUCCUCACCAUGUACAUUGUCAAUGCAUCAGGGAAUGGAGCCAUUCUGAUGAUUGUCAUCUCUGAUCCAAGACUCCAUUCAGCUAUGUAUUUCUUCCUGGGAAACCUCUCAUGCCUAGAUAUCUGCUACUCUACGGUGACACUGCCAAAGAUGCCGGAGAACUUCCUCUAUUCACAUAAUGCAAUUUCUUUCUUGGGAUGCAUAAGCCAGCUUCAUUUCUUCCACUUUUUUGGAAGCACUGAGACCUUCUUGUUGCCUGUAAUGGCCUUUGACCACUUUGUGGCAAUCUGCAAACCACUUCAUUACACUGUCAUCAUGAAUCAUCAGCUCUGUAUCCAGAUGGCAAGCACUGUUAGUUUUUUCCAUGCUUUGCUGUGCUCCAUAAUGAGCUCUUGCUUGAAGUUUUGUGGCUCCAAACAUAUCCAUCACUUCUACUGUGAUGUUAAGCCACUGCUGGACCUGGCCUGUGGAAACAUCGAUCUCAACCAGAUGCUACUUAAUAUUGUCACGGGGACCAUUGCCAUGAGCUCCUUCUUUCUGACAUUUCUCUCCUAUUUCUCAAUUAUCACCUGUCUCUUCUUCAAGUCUCAUUCUUGCAGCACGCUUCACAAAGCACUGUCUACUUGUGCCUCCCACUUCAUGGUAGUUGUUCUUUUCUACGUUCCUGUCCUUUUCACCUAUGCUUGUCCUUCUUCAGGGAGCUCCAUGGACCGGGAUUGGGUCAUUGCCAUCAUGUACACUGUGGUCACUCCUGUACUGAAUCCACUGAUCUACACCCUGAGGAACAGGGAAGUGAAGGCGGCCUUGAGUAGGGCGAUCAGAAGGAAGCUGUGA